AUGUGUAAAACCAAAAGCAGCAGCAGCCUAGGAGCCUACACCUUCCUGACGUUAAUAACGUUAAUAGCUGUUUCCGGCACAGACACGCCAGAAGAAAUUACCAAGGAUGCCUGCGGCUCAGCGGCCUUCCUUCGCAUAGUCGCGGACACUGUUAAAAGUGGACUUUUAGCAGCUGUGAAGCGAAACAACGAACUGAACAAAAGACUAGCACAGGCAACGGCAGCAGUACGCAACCAACAAAGGCCGGAUCUUGGCAAAGCAGCAAUGGCUUUAUUGCCAAUUCUAGCAAAGAAGGCGGCCGAGGAGACGUCGGCAGCCCUGGCAAUGCCAACAAGGGCAUUGCCAGGACUCGUAGCGGCAGCAAAUUACAGUGGGCAGCAGCAGGCGCUAGCGGCGCUACUGACAACAGAAGUAGCAGACAGCACAACAGGCCAAAGCGACGUGGGAAGCGCAGCCUCAGGGACAGCCAACAUCAAAUUUAAACUCAGCCAAACCAACGGACUCACCUCGUGCGCUAGCAGCGUAAACAAGGCGGCGGACAAACACGCGUCGUGGGCCACAGUCCCAGGCCUAAAAAAAUUCAGCAUACACUCGCCAGAACCGGAGGUGUCGGCCAGCGACAACAGGUUUCUGGCGGUUGGCAAAGGCAGCGGCAACGGACAACAAUGUGACGUAAAUGGAGGAACAAACAAGCAGUUCACAGUUACAAGCUCACACGUUUGCAUAGCAGGCGGCCCUGUAUUUUCAGCAGCACAAAAGCAACUAGACGCCGGCACCUCAGGUGACUACGGUCGGGGGCACAUAAGCAGCUACAGCGAAACCGACGAAGACCAUUUCGCCAAGCAGGCGGCGACAGACAUCAAAACCGCCGUCAACGCCCUAGCAAGCAGAGCGGGGGCGUUUGAUCCCAACGAACUAAGCAGCUAUGACGCCGACCCGGAUUUCCAGGCUGCGGUGGGCGCAAUCUACGGCAAUUUACCCCGAGACAAAGCAACCGGCGAAGCAAAAAAUACAGUAUCCAACCUUAUCACACAGCAUUUUGGAAAGGCGCAAAACUUCAAAAGCAAGAUUUGGGACGAAAUCGAAAAGCUGAAAGUGCCAGCAACAGUCCUUGGAGACAAGGCAGAGAUGACGCUAAAGGACGUUGACGACAUAGGAUUAGCUACACAUAUAAUGGUACAACACAUUACCGCCAGCUUCCAAAAGUCAGCACCUCAAGCAGAAAAGCAGCCAGAUACCACAGAAGUCAAACCAGGAAAAGCAGAAGAAACGAAAAAAACAGCAGACGAAUGCAAAAAGCAUACAACAAGUGAAGAUUGUAAAAAGGAAAAAGGUUGUGAUUUUGUUGAGAAAAAACCGGAAGGUGAAAAAUGCUUUCCAAAAGUUGAGACUGACAAGAAAGAUGAAGAAAAUAAUGGGAAAGAAAGCUCUGACCGCAAAGAUAAGCCUUAG